ACUUGUUUAAGCAGGAACCACAUGACCAUCUUGCUCGUAAUGUGUUUCUCUAAUGGCAGUCAGCCAUCUCAUGUCAUCUCAACCACCUUGCAAAUUAAGGAUUAAUCAUUGCUCACAGCGUUAACUCAAGCUUUCCACGAGAUCUGACGGACAUUAUAAGCGCCAGCGAUGCCAGAGCCAGCAGAAAUGAGCGGACCUGACGUAGCAAAUAUGCCGGGGGGCGGUGCUCCAGGGAAUGAGGGAAAAAACCCAGUAGCCAAUGGGCAUGCAGAGAAUGAUUCCAACCCCUUUGCAGAGUACAUGUGGAUGGAGAACGAGGAGGAGUACAAUCGGCAGGUGGAGGAGGAAUUGCUUGAGCAGGAGUUUUUGGAGCGCUGUUUCCAAGAGAUGUUAGAUGAGGAGGAUCAGGAUUGGUUCAUCCCUGAGAGGGACCUCCCCUCAGUGGGACAGAUUCAACAACAGCUCAACGGACUUUCUGUCAGUGAUGGAAAUGUAGAAGAAAUCUUGCGGAAGAGCAUCUUAAAUCCUGAGGCCAAGGAGUUUGUGCCAGGGGUAAAAUACUAGAGAUCGUCCUCGCCCUCUGGAGAUGUCCUUUCUCGCACACGCAUACGUUGAUCAUAUACUCAAGAGACUGUUGUGGCCGUUUUAGAAUGGUCACGUAAUAAAAUGCACUCUUCCACAUACACAUUUUCAAAAGGGAGGGAAUACAGUGUCAGUUGACAUUUUUUGAGGGGGGUGGGGGUGAUUGUCUAAAAGAUUUAUAUUUCUGUUAUAUGUUAAACCAAGGGUAUUAUGUUCAAACACGGCCUCUAGGAGGUGCUGAGACAAGCUAAUAUCAUACUCCUUAGCUGUUUUAUUUUCCUCUACCCUUAAUGAAAAGGCUGUUCUUGUCAGCAUUCAUUGUUUCACAGUUUGUGCCUGAUCAGGUUUUUGCUUUCCCUCCCAUGUAUUUUUUGUUUUUUGUUUUUUUGUUAAUUAUAUUUUGUAGAGGGAGGUUUUGAUGUAUCGGUGUUCACGUUCCUUAGUCUUUAGGGGUGUGGCCAUAAUUGAUUGGGGUGUGGCUGGCUGUGGGCGGGACCUGUUGGGAUGGGUUGGAGACUGAGGAAAGUAUGUUUGGGAAUUCACUUCAAUUUUUGAUUUUGAAUUGAAAUUGUUACAAGCAGGAGUGAAUUACAUUUAAAAAAUGGAAGGAAAAAAAAAGGCAAAUAAAGAUGUUUAGGAAAGUUCA